AUGCCGGUACGUUUAGUGUUAAUUUACACAAAUUAUAUCGAUACUGAAUGAUUCCUUUUCUUUUUUUAAUGAUUAAGAUAAAUGUAUGUAGAAACGAGAAAAGAAAUUCUGUAGUUACAUAGAUGAAUUGCUGUUAUUUAUGAUUCAUCGUGAGAGUUAUGAUAGGUAUGUAACUGAAAUACGGGUUUUUCACUCUUCAACAAGUUUAUAAAACAAAGCACAUUUCUUUUCGUAGUUAUAUAUGCGAACUAAAGCUUAAAGAAGAAUAUGUUCUGGUAAGAAAGAAAGCAGGGUGCGUCAUCGAGGGGAAUAAAUAAACCGUGACAUCGAGAAAAUGAGAGCGAAGCAAGUACGCUAGAUUUUCUGAAUGAUUUGCUCAGUCAAUUGGAGAAAGCAUAUAUCGUUUCGUGUUUGCAUCAUUCGCUUCUUUCGACUGAUGGAUGACACUUGGAUGUUUUAUUUUUAAGGCAUAGAAAGCCUAGGUGGUAGCGAAAGUGAAUAUUCGUAACGCGCGAUAAAAAUUAACAGUGCGAAUAUAUUUUUGCAGGCAUCGACGAUCGAUGGUCGCCGAAAGGGUGCUUGCCUCUUCUGCCAGGAGUACUUCAUGGACUUGUAUCUUCUCGCUGAAUUGAAGACAAUUUCUCUAAAAGUGACCACGGUCGACAUGCAAAAGCCACCGCCUGAUUUCCGCACCAACUUUCAGGCAACACCUCCGCCGAUCUUAAUCGACAACGGCGACGCGAUAUUAGAGAACGAGAAGAUCGAACGACACAUAAUGAAGAACAUUCCUGGUGGACACAAUCUCUUCGUGCAGGACAAAGAAGUGGCUACUCUUGUUGAAAACUUGUUCAGUAAAUUGAAACUGUUACUACUAAACGCAAAAGAUAAGGACAAAGACCCGAAGUCCUCGUCUCUGAUGGCACACUUGCGCAAAAUCGACGAGCAUCUAGGUCGUAAGGGUACUCGUUUCCUCACAGGCGACACAAUGUGUUGUUUCGACUGCGAACUUAUGCCACGACUCCAACACAUCAGGGUGGCCGGCAAAUAUUUCGCGGACUUUGAGAUUCCAGAAACUUUAGUGCAUCUCUGGCGAUAUAUGCACCACAUGUAUAGGCUGGAUGCCUUCUUACAAAGUUGCCCGGCAGACCAGGAUAUUAUUAAUCAUUAUAAGUUACAGCAGGUGUGAUAUAUUUCAAAGAAACUUUAAAAAAAGGGUUUCUUCUUUUUUUCUUCUUUUUUAUUUAUCAAUCCAUUAUAUUUCAUUGCAGAGCAUGAAAAUGAAGAAGCACGAAGAGCUAGAGACCCCAACAUUCACGACUAGUAUCCCAAUCGAGGUCAACGACGACUAG